AUGCUCCAUGAGAUCCUACUCUCCCUCUCCGGCCAGCCAUCCCCCCUCUUCAAUACCCAGAAAGGGGAAAGCUCUUUCACUCAAAAUGGGUUUCCCCUUCUUUCACCUCCGGAGAAAGCCCUCCUCGCCUCCGUUGCCCACCUGAGCCAGCUCCACACACAGCUCCGGAAACAUGCCUCCGAUAUAUCUUCCGCGAACCCAUCUGUGAUAUGUCGCUCAGUAUCUACAGCUAUUGUUGGAACACAUCUAGGUGAAUUCCAGAAGAAGAUCCUAGAGGUUGAGAAGGCAAUCCUUGCCGAGGACAGUGGAUAUGUCGGAGGGUAUGGUAUUGUCCCAUUGUCGACUAUCGUGGGAGAAUUUGCACCAUGGACGCGGCGCAUGGAGUGGCUGUGGGCUGUUAUUCGGUUCAUUCAACCCGACAGUAUAAGUGCUGAACCUCUGCGUGGUUCUACAGGGGCAGCACUCAUGGAUCAUCUGCGGACCGAAGCCCAAACAGGAUAUCUCGACAUUAAGGAGAUGGCCCUGCAAUUGGCGACAUCGGCUGAGAGAGCAUGGAUGAAGCAGCUUUCAAUGUGGUUACUUUAUGGCAAACUUCCUAUCUACGGGAAGGAAGAUUUCUUCAUCCAGGAGGAUACCGAAACGGAGCAUGAUGAAGCACAAUUCGGCAUCAACGCUCGAUUGCUCCCAAAUUUUGUCACUGCACAAACGGCUGGCUCAAUACUAUUCAUUGGUAAAUCCCUCAAUCAUAUUCGGGCGGAAAGGAAAACUUCAAUAACAGGGAACUCUACUACGCCGGUGACGUUAUAUCGGGAGCACAUCGAGCAACUUGAGGGCCUGAAACCACCAAUCUCGCCUUCAAAACUGACUACCGCCGUUGACUGCAUUCGCCUUUCCCUUUCUCAAUCAACCUUAUCGAAAUUGUUGCCCCUCCCGAAAAUCCUCGAAAUCCUUACGUUGCUUCAAAAUUUCCUUUUACUAGGACGAGGGGAGUUUGCGGUGGCUCUUGUAGCACAUGCAGAUUCCCGAAUUGAGGAAAGUCGGCGCCGAGGCCCAUCGGCGACCCGUCAAUUAGGAAAACUUGACGUUCUUACCAUCAAAGAAGGUGAAGUCACGGCUGCUUUAGCUGAAGCAUGGGCAGAGCUGUUCUCGCUACAAAAAGAGGAGGACCCAGCCGACGAAGAGCUUGAACUUGCCCGGGAGCUUCUUUGUCUGUCUGUCAGCGGCCGCAAAAAUGGCCGGCCGAUGACCCCUGCUCAAACUCCCAACUUGAUAUCCAAAAUCUCAAAGGUCUCAUUUGAGGAUCUCCUCUUCCCCAUGGCCACAAAUCUCAUCGCACAUAUCCGAGCCCCUCUAGACCUAUUCAUCUCGAGCUCUGAUAUUGUGAUAUAUUCUAAAAUUCAUUCGUAUCUCCUGGGAAUACGGCGGGCUCAAAUCCGGCUUGGAGAUCUCUGGAAACGAACUCCGUUACGGCGAAACUAUCCUACACCAUGGGGACCACCCAGAAGCAGCAGCAUGUUUGGCCAAGCUAAGUUAAAGGAGAGAAGAGAUAGAGAUAAUGCACGUGUUCACCAAAUGCGCCAUAUAUGGGCCACAGCCAGUGCAUGUCUGUUUAUGCUUUCCGAGAUCGGUGGCUUUUUUCAAGGAGAUGUCGUCAAUGAGUCGUGGCAGCACCUUCGCCAAUGGAUUGAAGGAUGCUCUUCGUCCACAACAUCAGCCCCUGGAUCCCGCCCUGGAACCGCUUCCUCCUCUAAAUCGCAUCAAAGUUCCAAGAUAGUGUCUUCCGAGUCUGGCCAGCAGACCAUGGGACGACACGACCCUGAAGCUCUCACGGUUGCCCACCGUCGGCACUUGUCGUCUCUAGUACAAUCCCUCUUUUUGACCGACCUACCCUUCACAAACACACUGAGGGGACUUCUCACUAAUAUCGACCGCUUCGUCGCUCUUGUGAUCCGUUUGGAAACCAUCCAACGCAACAUGGACCUGGAAACAGACGAAGGCGUGGAAGACGCCUUGGUAGAUUAUGCCCAUGAAGAACGUGAAGUAUGGGAAGAGCUACGCGCCACUCGAACCGAUGUCGAGGCAGGCAUCAAGAAUCUUAUUGGGAGCCUGCGGAAUAUUGACGAUAGUCGCUCGGGAGAAGGGCUAACGACAAACCUCGGUCCGAUGUGGCCUGGUUCCCGCCAAGAUGACAGCACGAGCCCUGGAUUCAGCCAUUACGUGCCUCACAAAGCAGCGGGGGUGGACCGUUUGCUCAUGAAACUAGAUUUCGGCAGUCUUCGCAGCGGCUUCGGACCCGAGAAGACUGCGGCUUCCGCGGGUAUGCCAUAA